UUCUCUGCCAAAUUAAUAAAAUUUUCAUUAGCAUGUAGACUUUUCAUGAUUAAUUAUAAUCUAAGCCUAUUUAAUAUUAGCUAACACCCUGGACUAAUUCCAAAUCAAGCUUCAUACUUUUUAAGAGUUGUUGCAAUGUCUUCUCAUAAUGAGACGAGCAAUGGAAUUUCCUUCACUUUCAUCACAGCUUUUAUAGUUGUCUAUCCAUACUCUUAUUUGGAUCAUCUACCUACUUUUUCCUCCUUCAAUUUCUCUCAAAUGAUGCACCCUCAUUAUUUCUCCAUCAUCUUCUUCCUCACUUUCAUCUUCAAUACUCAAACAUCUUUAUGCGCCGAUGAUAUUCGAUACAUAAACUGCAGUCUUCCUGUGUACUGUGGAGACCAAAGCAUAGAAAUCAACUACCCUUUCUGGGGCGUAAACCGUCCAGAUUACUGUGGUCAACCGGGGUUCCAGAUAGAGUGCCAAGAGGGUGUUCCCAAGAUCAACAUGAUGUCGAAUACGUUUAGAAUUCUUCACAUUAAUUCAACCACACAGACUCUUAAGGUCGCUAGAGAUGAUUUCUGGUCUAGUAUUUGUCCAGCUUAUCUCUUCAACACCACCCUUGAUUUCACCCGCUUCAGUUAUGCCCCGGAACAAAGGAACCUGACCCUAUACUACGGUUGUGCUUUGCGCUCUGAUCCGGGUAGAGGGUCGUAUAUUGUCUAUCCUGAUUGUGUUGUAAAUGAUACCAGCAUGGAUGUUUUCUAUGCGCCCCAGAGUGCCCCAGUUGACCCGUUAAUAGUAAGAUGCAAUAGCAGUGUCAUUGUUCCAGUUCUUGAAACAGCUGCUCAAGAACUUGACCAACAUAGAAAUACCAUCAACGUUACAUUAGAUGAAGGUUUUGAAUUGCAGUGGAAUUUAGGGAGCGACCAAUGCAACACAUGUGUCAACUCCGGCGGGUUUUGCGGAUAUAACUCAACGGAGAGUCUAUUCGUUUGCUUUUGCCGUGAUCAGCCCAAUGCAAUUGAAUGUUCAUCUAGUCCAGGAACUCCAGCAGAUGAAAGGAAAAAGAAAACAACUUCUUCAAAUCUAAAAGCAGUUGCAACAUGUGUGGUGGGACUGGGGAUAGUAAUGUUCCUCUCCAUUCUUCUCAUUGUUGGUAGAGGACGAUUUUGGAAGAAGAAAACAGAGGAUGAUAAAACAGUUGAGGCCUUUAUUAGAAAUUACAGUUCUCUCGCUUCAAGUAGAUAUAGUUAUUAUGAUGUUAAAAAGAUGACAACAUCAUUUAGGGAUAAACUUGGUCAAGGAGGCUUUGGUGAUGUCUACAAAGGAAUGUUAUCAGAUGGUCGUCUUGUUGCAGUGAAGGUAUUGAAGGUAUCCAAAGGUAAUGGGGAGGAAUUUAUCAACGAGGUCGUUAGCAUGAGUAGAACAUCUCAUGUUAAUAUAGUCGCUUUGUUAGGUUUUUGUUUUGAGAAGGAGAAAAGAGCUCUUAUCUAUGAAUUUAUGUCUAAUGGAUCUCUAGAAAAGUUCAUAUAUGAUAAUGAACCUUCAAGUGUUACCCGCAAGUUGGAAUGGGAAACAGUGUCUCAUAUUGUUGUUGGAAUUGCCAGAGGAUUAGAGUAUUUACACCGACGGUGUAAUAUAAGGAUUGUGCAUUUUGAUAUAAAACCUCACAACAUUCUCUUAGAUGAAGACUUUUGUCCAAAGAUAUCUGAUUUUGGACUUGCUAAACAAUCCAAUACAAAAGAGAGUAUCAUAUCAAUGUCGGUUGCCAGAGGAACUGCAGGAUAUAUUGCACCGGAAGUAUUUUGUCGAAAUUUCGGAGAAGUCUCUCACAAAUCUGAUGUCUAUAGUUACGGAAUGAUGGUUCUCGAAAUGAUUGGAGGGAGAAAAAACAUUGAUGUUGGAGUGUCUCAUACUAGUCAAAUAUAUUUUCCACAUUGGAUACACAAGUGUGUUGAAUCUGGAAAGGAUCUCGAACUUCAUGGGGUUGUCACUGAUGAAGAAAAAGAGAUUGUGAAAAAGAUGAUAUUAGUGGGCUUGUGGUGCAUUCAAACCAAUCCAUCUAAUAGACCAACGAAGACCAAAGUUGUAGAAAUAUUGGAAGGUAGCCUAGAAAACUUGGAGGUUCCACCAAAACCUUAUUUGUCUUCUCCAACAAGAUUACCUCAACAUUCUUCUCCUACAUCAUCAACAUGAGUAAUGCAUCACACAAAAAGACUCCUGUCUAUUUGAGUAGUAACAAAGUGAAACAUAAAUCAUGAUAUGGUAUUAUCCUUUACUUGAUAUACCAUUUAUUUUUAUUUAAUGAGUAAUAUAAAUAUUUUCACUCUUCCAAAAAUUUUGUAUCAUAUAUUUUGUAUAUCUUUUUUUUUUUUUUUUUUUCCCUGAUCAUCGGUGGUGUUUAAGCUAGCUUACGCAUACUUCAACUAAUCCUCUAAGACUGUAGAACUACCGACUAAGUAAGAAUUCUAGUAACCACCCCUAUUAGUAACUGUGAGGACUCGAACUUGCAAGAUCAUGUUAGAUUCUCCUAU